GCGGAAGCAGGAAUGUUGGAGUGUUUUUAGAAAAGUUUGGACUCCUUUUUUGACAGUUUGGGAUCAGAGACGCGGACAGCGGAGGACCAUGACGUUGUGCUACCUGUUGCUGAUGUUGCUGUAGAGUCGUCAGUCUUCUCUGACUGAUCCGACACACAGAUAUGGAGAGUGGAUCUCUAGGAAUGGAAACCAGCGCUGCUCCAGAUCCCAGACUGAAGCCAAUGAGCAUGGCCUAUAUGCGGCGGCGGGCCUGGGCCCAGAGCAAAGACUCCAUCUGGCAAGAAUCAAAACCAGAGCACUGUGGCCCCGAGGGGCCCCAACAGAGCCAGAGUAACGGGGACACACAGAGACCCUCGGAGGAACCAGGACAAGUUCCCAACAAGAUCACCAACUGGCUGAGCGAAUGCAGGACGCCCCUCGGAGCCUCUCUAGAUGAUCAGAGUGCUUCUCCCAGUAAAGGAGCACUCAGGAACGGCUGCAGCUUUGAAGAUGACCUUUCACUGGGAGCGGAAGCCAACCAUCUUCAGUCCAGUAGCAGCAAAACUGAAUCCUGUUUUGGUCUUGCGGCGGAUCAGAAGAGGAGUCAGUACAAAGAGAGGGGGAGAAGUAUGAACUCCACAGGAUCAGGGAAGAGCAGCACCGUUUCCAGUGUGUCAGAGCUGCUGGACCUGUACGAAGAGGACCCUGAGGAGAUUCUCCUGAAUCUUGGUUUUGGUCGAGAAGAACCCGACCUGUCCGCGAAGAUCCCCUCCAGGUUCUUCAACAGCACAUCUUCAGCGCGAGGCAUCGACAUCAAGGUUUACCUGGGAGCUCAGCUGCAGCGCAUGGAACUGGAGAACCCCAACUACGCUUUGACGAGUCGUUUCCGUCAGAUCGAGGUCUUGACGACAGUUGCUAACGAGUUCUUCCAGCUCUACAGUCAGGUUUCUGGACAACCCGUCCAACGCAUCAGCUCCAAAGAGCUUGGAGGAGAGGGAGUAGAAGGAGGCGGAGUAGGAGGAGGUGGAGGUGAGCAGUCUCCUCCUCAGAAGAAGAGCAGGUCUGCCGUGAACGUCGCCAAACAGCUCCUGAAGAAGAGCAUCAGCAAACACAACCUGCUCGCGGCCUCACCUGAGUCGCCUGAAGCGCAAACGGCUAACCAGCACACGCAACUGAACGGACACACAACCGCCUCCGAUCACGCACACACCAACGGACAAGCUCACGCUGGUCCAGAACAGGACAGCUGCAGUACCAACUCUGGUCACCAGACGGAAACAGUCAGCCAGAAGCACAUGCGCAAGAAAGACAACUGUUCCCUGGCGACGGUUACCGAGGAAACCAACGGGGACGCAGAGUCAGAUCGGCUGACAGACAACAGUCCUGAACAGAACAGCGCCGGACCAGAGCAUCAGCCAGAGUCAGCUGAUCGUCAGUCAACCAAUCAGAGAACAGAAGAGGAGAGAACUCAGGUGGUCAAAGAGGAAAAGAACUUCACCUCCACCCCAGACAAAGCUCCUCUUACCCUGGCCCCGCCUCAGCUGGCCCAGCUUCGCACUGAAAACGCAGACUCUUUUGACAUGGAGGAGAUUCUGAGUAACGAAGAUGAGGCUCUGCCAUCCAGAACGUCCAGAGCCACCGACCUGUUGAGGACAGGCAGUCAGCAGUCAGACAGCAGUGGUUUUGCUGAGGAACCCUCCGCCGACUCCAACAGCUACCUAAAGGUGCAGGACAGUAGCGAUAGCUGUGACAGUGAGACCACUGUGACAUCACAUCCUUCACAAGAUGUGGCCACACCCCUCGCAAUGGACCAACCAGCAUUUGAUCUGCCAGAUGGCAAAGGGGCAGGAGGCGUACCUGGUGGUGCCACUGAGGCUGAUGGAAGUAGCGAUUCCAGGGAAGAAGACACUGGAGGAAGUCCAGAGCAGGUUCCACAGUACACAGCUCACCAUCUCCCACGGAGCAGACCAAUGGGAGCGCAGCAGGAUGAUACCGAGGACGGGGAGCAAGUAGAGAGUAGGGACCAGACUGAUCAAAAACCAGAACCAGAGACUUCCAAGAGCAUAUCUGCUGCUGAACAAGAACCACAACCAGGAUUAGAAAACAUACAGAAUCUGUCGGUUUCAGAGAAAGUACCCCAACAGACUCAGAACCUGUCUGAAACCACCACAGACACAGAUCCACCCACAGAGGGAGUUGAGAGUGUUGAGGUCCAAGAAGAAGCUCUGUUCUCGGAUGUUUCUGGUUCACUUUGUCCUCCUGCUCCAUCCUCUCCACUUCUAAGUGCUCUGAACCGAGCCAAACAGCAACAGCUAAGCCGGACAGGUUCUCCGAGCAACACAACGCCACAAACUGCAGGGGGGGGACAAGGAAGACGUAGCUUCAUCCCCCUGCAGAGGUCCUCCUCCCUACCCUCCUCGCUUCUCACGCCUUCCACGGCCGUACCUUCUGUCAGAAUCCAGUUUGGUCGAGGCCAGACGUCCUACUACACCAAACCCAGACAACCCUCCAAAACCACCCAGGAUGCUGCUGAGGAGGGGGAGGAGGACGAGGAGAAGGAGGAGGAAGGACAAACCAACUACUUAUCAACUCUGAGCAUAAACCCCAGCUCCUCAUCUGACUCUCACAAAAAUCCACUACCUGCCAUCCCACCCAAACCCUUCCCUCGCCACCUGAUGCGGUCGUCCUAUUCCCUACAGAGCUCCAGCCCUCCUCCUGAUUGGUCCCCAGGAGACCAUGUCCACUCAUGGAGCACCCAGAGUGUUCCUGAUCUGUCUUCCAAUCAGCAGCAGCCUGGCCAUUUCCAGCAGAAUAUGGGCGCAAACCAGAACCAGCAAAGUUGGAACCCAGGGCAGAUGAUGUUCCCUAACCCCUCAGCUCAGUGCUCCAGCCCGUGCCCUUUCACUUUAAAUCCUCCGCCGCAGUGCCCCUCCCCUCUUCAUCCAUAUGCAAGUCUUCCUAACCUCCAUCACUACCACAACCCCUCCUUAAUCCACCAUUCUAGUCUAACCAAUCUCCACCAACCUAAUACCCCCCUAGUCCAUCCACCCAGCAGCAUGUCCAACUUGGUUCAUCCCUCAACCUCCACAGUACCUCACGCCAUCAGUCUGGGUCACUUACAUCCUGGAACUCCCACAAUGCACCAACAGGGCUACAACCAUCCAUACAGUCAUCAGUCACCUUACAAUGCCACUCCUCCCCUCCAUGGCUCACCAUUUGCCUCACCUUACCUUGGUUACCAUGGGUACAACAUCAGCCCACACCUGCUGUUCCCUCAUCAUGUCACCCAGUAUUCACCUCUGGCCCAUGAACACAGUCUCCACCCUGGUCUCGCACCUUCUGCUCCGGGCUUCCUCGCUGGCCUUGGUCACAACUUCCACCCGAGGGUCGGUACUCCUGCUGCUCCGGGUGUUAACCCGAGCACCACCGAGAUGCAACUGAGGAGAGUUCUGCAUGAGAUCCGGGGAACGGUUCAGAGUCUGAGUCAGAACCGAGCCGACACUCCGGGUGCAUUCAGUGAUCACAGCGCAGCUCUGCCCAGCCACCAGUCUUUGGCAGAGUUUCAGCAGAAGAGAAGGAAUCUGAACUUGUUCCGCAGUCAGAUGAUGGAUCUGGAGCUGUCAAUCCUCCAACAGCAGGCUGUUGUCUACAAACACCUGAGCCCUGCUGACAGGCUGGAACUGGAGCAGCUUCAGUCUCUGAGAUCAGCAGUCAGAGAGGAGCUGCAGGAGCUGGAGCAACAGCUGGAAGACAGAUUGAUGGAGCUGACACACCAUACACAACACAGGAGUCUUCAUAGAGACCGCAGUGUUGACAGUCUGGCCACCGCCUCUGCAUUGAGAGCCAUGGAGCCGAUGUCAGACCUCCUCAGAGAGCAGCUCUUCCUCCAAUCGGAGAUCAGCUCUGACGGCCAUGCCCCCUCCACCGCCCCCUCUUCCAGGGCGUCCAGUCCAUUCAGACGGGGAGAUGGUGAGCGGAGGCAAGGAGUGUAUAAAGCAUCAAUCAGCAUAACCCCUUCCCUCCGUCCUGGACCCAGCAAACACACUGAGGAGGAGGAGGAGGAAGAGGAGGAGGAGGAGAAUAAGGAGGAUGUAGAGAGAGACAGUGGAGGAGAGGAAGAAGAAGGAGGAAGAGGAGGAGAAUCCCCAGAGGAAGAGGGAGCAGUGGGAGAAGUCAGAGUGGGCAACCUGAAGCAGCUCAUCAGCGAGAUUCGAAAAAGCGUAGCACAGGAAGUCCGACGGGAGAUCUACAGCGAGCUGCUGGCUGCCGUGUCACCGCAGCAAUCGCCCCUUCCGUCCAGGCAACACCCCCUGUAGUCAUGACAACAGCAGAGCACCGCCCCCCUUUCACCUCCAGCCUUAGCAACCACAGCCUGAGCGACACCACUGUCUGUCUGUAACACUGUAUAGCUGAGUAACACUGUGGAACACUGUGUGUCUGUAACACUGUAUGUCUGUAACACUGAUGAUGGAAUGAACACCUACAUGUGAUAAACUCCGCCCACCUCACCUGUGGUGAAAAGAAACCUCUAAGGAGGAUGCUUCCAGCUCCAGCUGAGGUGGUGUGAUGCAUGCUGGGAACUCUGGUCUGUUCCCCAUCAGUGAAAAUGUGUCCUUUUCUUUUAUUGUGUUUCCCUUUUCUGAACUGUUGUGAUCAAGGGCCAGACCUACCUAACUGCUACCACUGCCACUAAUGCUACAAAUACUGCUAACAGUACCACUACCAGUAUCACCACUACUAAUCCCAGUCCUGUUGUCCACUAAGUUGCCCCUGAUCCCAGUCUGAGAUCAGAACUUUUGCAGAAGUCUGAUGUUGAUAUUUCUAUUUUCUUUACACAUAAUACAACUCCACAGAGAUCAGUGCAAUUCUAUGUAAUAUCAAUAAUAAGCAUCUUGUUACUUAAAACAAUCCGUGCUGUUUCAAACUGUGUGUUUUGUCUGUUUGGGAUAAUUUAUAUAUAUAAACUGCAGCACCAAUUUACAAAAUAAUGUAUAUAUUUCCUCUCUUUUGACUUAUUUUUUCCAGGUUUGGAGAUCUCUCUCUCUAUGAAAUGUGAGCCUUUUGCCCAAAAUGAAGAUAAACAGAAUGUAGUCUGUGCUUUUUACAACCAUGAAGCAUGACAUUUUUUUUUAAAUGACACAAAUUUGACACAAAUCAAAACUAUCUUCAUGGAGAGAGAAGAGACAAAAUAUGUACAGUUGAUCCUGCCUUAACAUUCCUUAAAAAAUGCUGGAAAUCAUCCUUAAUCUGUGCUGUUGUGGCUUCCAGUAAAUUUUUGCAUUCCAGAAACUUUACUAACAGAUUUGCAGAUGGUCAAACUGAAGUUUGUUUUCCCCUUAAAGCUACUCAUUCCAUGCACAUUUCACCUUAGUGUCAAGUUUUUCGAGAGGAUUUUAAAGUAGACAUAUAUAGGGUUAUAUUACAUCAUCAUCACCAUCAUCAUCAUCAUCCUCAUCGUGCCUCUGUUACUUUCGCCUCAUUCACUGAUGAAUCUGUCAGUUUCUGCAUUGUCUCCUGCUAUUCAGCUCAUCAAACAAAAAAAGUCUUAAUUUAUGCAUAUUUAAUUUUCAAAUUUAUGUUAGGUUAUUUUUGGUUUGUAAGUUCAAUAGUGUUACCACUUUUAGAAUAUAAAUUGAGGUCACCAAAAAUAAUUAGUAUUAAUUAAUUGCUGCAACAAACUGAUCAGAGAGGCUAAGUUAGCAGGUCCGUUAGCAUUCUGUCAGUCAAUGAAUAGCUGAAACACCUCCUUUUCUAGCUUUAUAUAUAUUUGCAUCUAUUCAAUAAGCAAGAAAAAGCAUUUGAAUUAGAUUUGGAGCUGUUGGAAGGUGCUUUGUUUUUUGUCUUGACUGCUAGCAGUUUCCCAUUGUUUCCAGUCUUUGUGCUAAGCUGGGCUAAAAACGUCUUGCUAAUAGGUAAAGUUUGUGUGUGUGUACUUGAGCAGGUGAUGAGGUCAGAGUGUGAUGAAGUUUUUAGACUUAGAGGUCAGAGGUUUUGGUAAGUUGUCAUGGUGACAGUGAUGAUGAUGGUGAUGAUGCAAUGUCUGGUCAGAGGGAGGAGCUUUGUGAGCUUUAGCUGCGUUAGCAUGUUAGCUUCCCUCCUGCAAUAAUGUGAACAUAUACUGUAUUUUGAUCCUACACCGAGGUUAUUGGUAAUAUAUUAUUAAAUUACUGCUAACAUAUCAGAUGUGAUCAGUCUUCUACUGCAAACACAAACUGCGUGUCUGAUACAGAUUCAUCUGAAGCUCGCUGGUUUUAUCGAGAGAAAUUUACACAGAAUCCUCAGAACUCACUGAUCACUGACGCAUUGAUUACUAAUGACUAAAACUCUGUUUCCUUCAGCAUUAAAGCCCGUGUGUGGUGUCUGUGAGAUCUCACAGGCUUCUGAAUAUACCGUCAGUUAUUGAGGACAGAAAAACUUAAACCUGGGAAGCUGAUUAGCCGAGAGAGCUAAUGCCCAAUUAGCGGGGGGUUUUUUUAAUGUUUUUUUUUUUGUUUUGUUUUUUUCUUUAAUCUUCUUUAUGGGAUUCAGAAAAUAUCCUCAUAGACUCACAUUAGAAAUGAAAUGUGCUUAAAGCUGAUCUUUUUGUAUGUUGUUGUUGUUUGUUCUUGAUCUUUGAAAAGCUCAAAGGUCCACUUACUAAUAAUCUGGAGCUUUCAGACACAUCUAGUUGUUAUUCAGCGAGCACAGCUGGCUAAAUAUGAACUUACAGUCACAUGAAUCCUCCAAAUUGUAAUUGACAAGACCUUUGACCUUUCCUUCUCUUCAGACUUUAUUGACUUCUUUUGUAGAAUUCUUUUUUUUGUUGUUGUUUCACAUUCACAGAUCACAAACUCCGCUCUGCUGGACCAACACUCAAUGUUUUCUUUUACUGAUUAAGAGUCCUUCACACACGUCUAAUUACACUUUACUGCCUGACUGUUGGUGUCUAAUAAUUUUUGUUGAUGUCUAAUAAUGAUGAUGUGUAUUUUGUACUGAUGUCUUGUAAGUGGGAUGCAGGGAGGGGUCACUCUGUAGAGAUGAGAAUAAUAAAGAUGUAUUUAUUUUCAGUA